AUGCCUUCGCAACGACCCUUCUUCCUCUCGAGCUUCUUCGCCGCCUUCCGCCAGCAGGCGCCCUCUCUCCAGACUACCCAACAGCCAAACAAACACUCAACACAAGCCUCAUCAUCACCACCACCCGCAGCAACGGCAGCCGCCGCCGCCGCCGCCGCCGCCAGCACCAACUCCUCCACCACCGCAAAUUACGCCCAUCAGUCCUCCUCUGCCGCCCGCGCAACCUCAAGCAUCGCCAUCCCCUCGUCCUCAUCGUCCUCUUCACAUGCCCGCGGUCGCUCGCCCCCGACGACCGGCGUCUCCAUCCACUCCCCGCGCGGCGGCUCCGCGACGGCGGCAAACGGGAUCCCCAUCCCUAAUCCCUCGCCGGGCCGUCGCCGCGGCAGCGACAGCAGUAGCGAGGGCUUUCGGGACGCCCUCGGGGCCGAUAAAUGGUACAUCGGAGGCCGGACCGCUGGCGGCGAGGAGCGAUUCUUCAAGCUGGGCGUGAUGAGGAGAGUGAGGAGUAACGAUGGCCUGAGUCUCGAUCGCCUCAGUCUGUGA